GUGAGAAUGAAAAAAUAUUUUUUAAUUUGAAAAAUCACACGCACAGGGAACGCACGGAACGAGUAGAGAACAAGUACAUAAUUUCCCAAGGUUAAAUGUCGGAUGAAAAUCAUUAACAUUAUCGGUUAAAAAUAAACUCCUAAAUAAAAUUUCAAUAGAGGAAAAAGAGAGACGUUAAUAACUCCGUUGGCAUUUACGAGAAAAUCAAUUGCAAAAUAACAGCUGUUGUGUGCGUCAGGCUUGAGAUAAAAGAGGGAAAGUAGGGAAAGUACAACAAAACACCGCAAAAUCAUGGCCAAACAUUCAGGUGAUGCAGCAUUAGAUGAACAAAUUGAUAUGUGGCUGAAGUGGGACCGCAAUGAAAAGACACUGAAUGAAAUCAAGCAAAUGAUAACAUCAAAUGAUUGGGACCAAUUAAAAAAGAGACUUCUAGAACGAUUGGCAUUUGGUACGGCCGGUUUGAGGGGGUGUAUGCGCGCUGGCUUCGAUUCAAUGAAUGAUUUGGUAAUUGUUCAAACGGCCCAGGGAUUGUGUGAAUACAUUAAGACACAAUACAAACAGGACGAGUAUCAGCGGGGUGUGGUAUUCGGCUAUGAUGGCCGUUACAAUAGCGAACGUUUUGCAGAACUAUCAUCGACAAUAUUUGUUCAAAAUGGCAUUAAAGUAUUUCUCUACAGCCGGAUGGUAGCCACACCAUUUGUUCCAUUUGCAAUAUCGCAAAAGAAUUGCUUGGCCGGCGUUAUGGUAACGGCUUCACACAAUCCCAAAGAGGACAAUGGCUAUAAAGUCUAUUGGGGAAAUGGUGCACAGAUUAUUGCACCCCACGACAAGGGAAUACAGCAGUCUAUACUUGACAAUCUUGAACCCAAAGAAGAAUCGUGGAAUACGGGCUUUUUGAAAAAUUGUGAUUUGUUAGAGGAUCCAUUUGAAGAAAUGUAUGCAGCAUAUUAUAAGAACCUGUUGCAAAAUAUUCCUCAGAUAUUUAGGGAUAUUAACAAGAAACACAAGGAAUUGGGCGACAUAAAAUUUGUUUACACAGCAAUGCAUGGUGUAGGUUGGCCUUAUGUCGAAAAAGCUUUUGAAGAGGCCAAUUUGCCAGCUCUCUUGCCAGUCGAAGAACAAAAAGAGGCUGAUCCUGAUUUUCCAACUGUGAAGUUCCCAAAUCCCGAAGAGGGUAAAAGUUCUUUGGAAUUGUCCAUAAAGAAAGCCGAGGCUGAAGGUGUCACAGUUAUUUUGGCUAAUGAUCCCGACGCCGAUCGUUUGGCAUGUGCAGAAAAGGAUCCCAAAACCGGUGUGUGGAAGGUCUUCAAUGGCAACGAGCUGGGAGCUCUCAUCGGUUGGUGGUCUGUACAAAACUAUAAAGCUCUACAUCCUGACGUCGAUUUGGGGGAUUGCUAUCUACUUGCCAGUACUGUUAGCUCUAAGAUUUUGCGUUCCAUGGGCCAGGUGGAUGGUUAUAAUUUCGUAGAAACUCUGACCGGUUUCAAAUGGAUGGGAAACGAAGCCAUACAAUUGAUGAAUCAAGGCAAACAAGUUUUAUUCGCCUUUGAGGAAGCUAUUGGGUUUAUGUUCUCUACCUCAGUCUUGGAUAAGGAUGGCGUCAGCGCUGCCACACAUCUUGCCACAAUGACAUGUUACCUCAAAGAAACCCAAGGCAUAACUCUGACCGAAAAACUUCAACAAAUCUACGAAACAUAUGGUUAUCAUUGUACCAAUUGUUCUUAUCUGUUCUGUGAUAAAGCUCCUGUUAUCAAGCGAAUAUUCGACCGGCUGCGCAAUUUCCAAGAUGGCAAACCCAAUACCUAUCCCAAGUCCAUACUCAAUGGAGAAUUUCCCAUUGCAAAUGUUAGAGAUUUAACAACAGGUGUCGACACGGCCCAGGCAGAUGGUAAAGCCGUACUACCAGUUAGUUCCAGUACACAAAUGAUUACCUUCACAUUUGAAAAUGGUUUGGUUAUUACAUUGCGUACAAGCGGUACCGAACCCAAAAUCAAAUACUAUGCCGAAUUGUGUGCCAAGCCACAAGAGAAAGAUUGGCCAGCCUUGCGGGCCACAUUGGAUCGAAUGGUUGAGGCAAUUGUUGAAGAGUUUCUACAACCAACCGUCAAUGAUUUAAAGCCCAAAACAGAUUAAUAACUUAAACAUAAGUUAGCACAAUUUUAAGUUCAUCCGUACUAUAUAAAUAUCGUCGCCAUUGUAUUGUGCGUUUCUAUGUAUAUGUAUUUAAAGAAAAGAAACACAAAAUAUGUUUGCUUCGUUGAAAUCCGUUGUACAUAAAUAUUUAUAUGUAUGAAAAUAUUAACUUGACAAUACGCAUUUUCCAUUGCGGCAUGUGUUUCUCAAAUUUGUUUGACCACACAAACGACUUUAUUUAAUUUUUAUAUAUUUAAGUAUACAUUUUAAUAAAUAGAUUUCAAAAUUCUCUCGUAUAGUAACGCACAGUAUAUAUGUAUUUUUUAUUUGUUUAUAUGUGUGUUGUACGCAUUUAUCCCCAUUGCAUUGUAGUACCAAAUAUAAUAAACGGCAUUUAAUUUAUUAAAUAAA